UGGGCUGGCACUCAGCUUUCUGGCAGGACUCAGCCAAGGUCACGGCUGGCUGCAGGGAAGGUCCCCAGCUGGUGCCCAGAGGAACGCCAGUGCAGCUGAAGACAUGUCGCCCUGCACCUUCGCCCUUCUCCUCCUCUUCCUCCUGCCGGACACGGCGCCCAACGUGCUGACCUUCCCCAAGUCCAGCCAUGGGCUCCGGCGGCAGAAAAGGGACUGGGUCAUCCCCCCCAUCAACUGCCCCGAGAACGAUCGGGGGCCCUUCCCCAAGCAGGUGGCGCAGAUCAGAUCCAACAAGGACAAGGAGACCAAGGUUUUCUACAGCAUCAUGGGGCAGGGAGCAGACAGCUACCCCGUGGGUGUCUUCACCAUUGAGCGGGAGACAGGGUGGCUGAAGGUGACGAAGCCACUGGACCGGGAGGAGAUCGACAAAUACAUCCUCUUCUCCCACGCCGUGUCAGCCAACGGGCAGCCUUUGGAGGACCCCAUGGAGAUCAUCAUCACUGUGACGGACCGGAAUGACAAUGCGCCCGUCUUCACUGAGGCGGUUUACCACGGCACCGUGCAGGAGGGGGCUAAGCCAGGCACCCCUGUCCUACAGGUGCUGGCCACAGAUGCAGAUGAUGCGGUCUACUCCAAGAACGGGGCUGUGGCCUACUCCAUCCUGCGCCAGAGUCCGGACCAGCCCCAGCCCCACAUGUUUGCCAUCAACAGCUACACCGGGGUGAUCUCCGUGGCCACGGCAGGGCUGGCGGCACAGGUGGUCCUCGAAUACACCCUGGAGAUCCAGGCGGCUGAUUUAGAAGGCCAGGGGCUGCAGGCCACCACCACCGUCCUCAUCAAAGUGCAGGCCGAAGGCAUGUCCGAGACGGGGAAUGGCUCCCUCACCACCCACGUGUUGAACACGGUCACGGGGCUGCCGGCAUCCAGCCUUAGCGUCCGCCUGGCCCAGCUGCAGGAGCCGGGGCCGCAGUGGACGGAGCUGGUGGAGAGGUGGACAGACCACGACGGACGCUGCCCACCCUUCCUGGCCUCCGGGCAGGCCAAGGCUGGCACCUACAAGCUGCGCUUUGAGACGGCAGCGUACUGGCAGGGCCUGGGGCACACCAGCUUCUACCCCUUUGUGGAGGUUGUCUUCACCAUCACGGACCCAGCCCAGAAGCUGCACAUCCCACUGCUGAUCAGCCCCUACUCCUACACCACGUACCGCGGCAGUUAGGGAAAAGGCACGUCCUCCCACCCAGGGAUGUGGGUCACCAGCUGGGAACUACACCACCGACACCAUUAAAGGUUUAAAACAGCUCCA